AUGAUCCUUAAAUACAACAUGGAGAACACCGAACCAGUCACACUUGAUGGAGAAGCUCUGGAAGUUAUGGAAUCUUUCACGUACCUAGGAAGGAUCAUCAAUGGACUUGGAGGAACUGGUGCAGAUGUAAAGGUGAGUAUUGGCAAAUCAAGGGCAGCAUUCCUACAAUUGAAGAACAUAUGUCAUUCACAGCAACUGUCAACCAACAUCAAAUUGAGAAUCUUCAAUACGAACGUCAAGGCAGUUCAACUGUACGGAGCUAAAACGUUGAGAACUACUACAACCAUCAUCAAAAAG